AUGUCGAACCCAACAUUUGUUUUUUCCCUGGGUGCCUGGGUUGUCCCAGCUGUCUUCGAUGCUACCCGCUCCCGCCUAGAAGCCCUCGGAUUCCCCUCCGAGUGCCCCGCGCAUCCUUCAAUUGGCGCUGAGCCGCCCUCUAAGACUCUAGCCGAUGAUACUGCCUCCCUGCGUGGUGUGUUGACGAAGCUUGCAGAUGAGGGGCGCGACUUGAUUGUUGUUGGACACUCCUAUGGAGGUGUGGUAGCUUCCUCUUCUGUCGAAGGACUGAAUAAAGCUGCUCGUGCCGCCGAGGGCAAGACUGGCGGUGUUGUGAAGGUUGCAUACCUGGCUGCAUUUGCCCUGGACAAGGGCCAAAGCUUGUUGGGUAUGCUGGGCGGAAACUAUCUCCCCUGGAUGAAAGUUGAGGGUGAUUACGUUCUGGCAGAUGGUGCCGGUGAGAUUGGCUGGCAGGAUAUUUCCCUCGAGGAGCAGGAGAAGUGGAACGCUUUAGCACUACACACUUCGCGUGCUGUAUUCUCUGGCGAGUCUACUUAUGAGCCCUGGACUGAGAUCCCCUGCGCCUAUAUUGUGUGUGAGCAGGAUCGGGCUCUCCCACCCCCGUUCCAGGAACUAUUUGCCUCUAAAAUGGGUGGGCCGGAAAACACUUAUAGACUGCCCAGUUCGCACUCGCCAUUCUUGAGUAUGCCGGAUCGUCUGGCGGAGGUUUUGCAGCAGAUCGCUAAGGCAUGA